AUGAGUUUCUUAAAGAGAGAUAAAUCAAAAACAAACUUAAAGUUAUCUUUAAGUAGUCAUCACAACCACUCAACAACAUCAAAUUCAUCAUCAUCUGCAGGUCGGACUUCCCAUGAGAGUGGUGGUGGUUUCCAUGACACAUUUGAUGAACCAAAUUCAGCACCAUUAUCCCCAACUAAUCUAGGUACAGAUAAUUCAGUCUUUUAUGAUCCAAAAGCGACCAAUGCUCUACCAUCUCAACAACAACAACAAUUGCAUAAUCCAGAACAUCCUUCCAAAUUAGCAUCCCAAAUAACGGAAACUGAUACUUCUAAUCCUAGUUCUACGGUACCAUUAUCUCCAGUAUCUUCUCAAGAUCAAUUGUUAAACUAUACUUUAAACUCGUCAGAGACAAAUAGUAAUAGCAGUUACCAAGAAUCACGACAACAACAUAAUAAUAAUAAUCAGCAGCAACAACAACAACAUUCAAAACUAUCGGGAGAGAUCCACCAGUACGAGCACGAUCAUAUUGAGGUUGAUCAUGAUCAUUAUAUUAGAGAAGAUAACAACUACUCACCAAAAUCUUCUGUGAUUUCAUUACCACAAUUAAACCCAUCAAAUGCAAAUAACUUGAGAGAAAAUUAUCGUGGUUUCCAUGCCAAUAAACGGCCAAAAGGGAUUGCUAAUGUACCUCCUUUGGCUCAUCCAAUUAAACCCCGAUUCAAGAAAAAGAGUGGUUCGUUAUUUAAUAAAUUAAUCUAUUCCAGUAGUAGAAAAGAAUCGGAAUCUUCAGUCCCAGAAGAUCAACAACAACAACAACAACAAUCCCUGCAUCAUUAUUUUCUUCAUCACAAUCAGGAUGAUUCAAAGAGUCACAAGCUGAGUACAAGUUCCCCUGCAAGUACAAGAGCAACUUCAAUUGCAUCCACAGAUACACCUCAAAUGCAAUCCCUUGCUGGUGCCAUAUCUUCUCCACUGCAAAGGAAAAGUGCAUCCUCAAGUUCAUCAACUGGUUCCAAACAUAAGUUUAGAAUUCCUUCAAUUACCUUAGAUCAUCAUUAUCAUCAUCCAGGUCAUCCUUCCACAGUUCUGGCCCAGCUGUUACAAAUGUCAUUUCCAAGCCCAACGUCUUCCACUAAAGAGAGCAUGUCAACAGUAGAAGAGCAACCAAGACCAAGGUCAGCACAUUCAUUAGAAGAAGCUUCAACCGUUAAUAGUGGUUCAACCAUUCUACCUACACAAAUUGAUUUAAAUCUUGAUGAAAUGCAUGGGAUUAUAAAGUCACCCCAGGAUACUAGCAAGAUCAGAAAUAGUUUGGGAGAUAUUUCGUCAGUAUUACCAAGUAGCUCCAAAAAGAAAUCAGUCACAUCAACUGGGACUGGAAGCGUCGAUGCAAAUGCCCCAACUUGGCAAGCGCCAGAUAGUUGGGAUGUCAAGGUGGAAAAAAAUAUUACUCCGUCGCCAUUGCCUGAAGCCAAGGAUGAAGACGAUGAACAAGAAGGGGAGAUUGAUGAAUCAUCUUCAUUAUCAAGUAGUCUAAAACAGAAUGAGGAACAAGAAGACGAACAAGAAACAAGGAGGUACUUGCCGGUGCUUUAUGGUGCAAGGCAUUUAGGAAAUAUUGUAAAUACUGAAGUGGAUAAGAAUUUAACCAAGGGACCAAGUCAUAUUGUACGAGUAUUUAAAGAAGAUAAUACGUUUACAACUGUUUUAUGUCCAUUGGAAACUACAACAACUGAAUUAUUAAGUAUUGUACAAAGGAAAUUUUUCUUGGAUUCUACUGCAAAUUAUCAAAUUUCUGUAUAUGUGGGUAGUUGUGUUAAAGUCUUAGAACCAUUUGAAAAACCUUUAAAGAUCCAAAUGGGAUUGUUAUUAUUAAGUGGAUAUACUGAAGAGGACAAUUUAAGAACCAUUGGAAGAGAAGAUUUGUCAUUUGUAUGUAAAUUUGUUGUUGAGAAUAUUUACCUUCGAAGUUUGACUCAUGAUGAAGAAGCCUCACUUUCAAAGAAUUAUGUUGAUGUUAACAUAUCUGGAUUAAAUUUGAAGAAUAUCCCCAUUAUUUUCCAUCAACAUACUUAUGAAAUUGAAAAAUUGAAUGUUGCAGAUAAUCCAGCGAUUUAUAUUCCAUUAGAUUUUAUUCAAUCAUGUAACAAUUUGAUUAGUAUUGAUUUUUCCAGAAAUGGAUGCUCGAAAUUCCCCAUGAAUUUUUUGGAAGCUAAACGAUUAACUCAUUUAAAUAUGGAGAAGAACUUUUUGGAUGAAUUACCAACCAAAUUUAGUACUUUAAGUAAUUUAACUCAUUUGAAAUUGAGUUCUAAUCAAUUAUCAACAUUGCCUAAAUCAUUUGGAAAAUUGAAGAAUUUAGUAUCAUUGAAAUUAGCUUCAAAUUAUUUGCAUACUUAUCCUGAACCAAUCAGUGAAUUGACAGGUUUAAUAGAUUUAGAUUUAUCCUAUAAUGAUUUGUCAUUCUUACCAAGAUCCAUUGGGAAAUUAGUUAAUUUACAAAAAUUAAAUUUAUGUUCUAACAAAUUAAGAAAAUCAUUACCAAGUUAUUUCUGCAAACUUCAGAAUUUAAAGAGAUUAGAUAUAAGGUAUAAUGAAAUAACAAAUGUUGAUGUAUUAGGACUUUUACCAAAAUUGGAGGUUGCUUAUGCCACGAAGAAUGUUAUAUCUGGAUUUAAUGAUCAAGUUGAAAGCUUUAGGGUCAUUCAUUUUGAUAGAAAUCCAAUCACUGAAUUGAAUUUUCAACAUAGAAUGGAUACCUUGAAUAUUUUAGAUUUAUCAAAAGCAAAAAUAACUGAUAUCCCAACCACUUUUAUUGAUAAGAUCCCCAAUAUUGAAAAACUUGUUUUGGAUAAGAAUCACUUGGUUACAUUACCUCAAAAUUUAGGAGAUUUAUCUAAAUUAGCUUUCUUUUCGAUUUAUAAUAAUCAAUUACAAUCAUUACCUUCUACUAUUGGAAAUUUACAUUCAUUACAAUAUCUUGAUUUGCAUCUGAAUAAUUUACAAGGAUUGCCUGAUGAUAUUUGGAAUAUGAAAUCAUUGAGUGUUUUAAAUCUUGCUUCAAAUAUUUUAAGUUCAUUUCCAGCACCACCAUUUGCGGUAGCUAAAAGAAUUUCAUCAAGUGCUAAUUUGGCUACAAUGCAACUUGAAAAUGCAGGCACAGCAAAUAAUAAUAGAGGAUCUCCAUCUCCAAAUACCAAUGGGAAGAACACUAAUAAAGAUACCUUUUCCAAUCUUGCAGAUAGUUUGUUAAUGUUGACUUUGGCAGACAAUAGAUUGGGCGGUGAUUGUUUUGAAUCCAUUUCAUAUUUGUCAAGUUUGAAAUCACUCAAUCUUUCAUAUAAUGAUUUAUUGGAAAUCCCAGAAGGUGCACUUCGAAGAUUAUUUAGAUUAAAUGAGUUAUAUUUAUCAGGAAAUGAAUUGUCAACAUUACCAGCAGAAGAUUUACAAGAAAUAAAAUCUUUGAAAUUAUUAUAUGUCAACAACAACAAGUUAGUUACAUUACCUGCGGAACUUAGUAAGUUGGUCAAUUUACAAUGCUUUGAUGUCGGUUCAAAUCAAUUAAAGUACAAUAUUUCCAAUUGGCCAUAUGAUUGGAAUUGGGCUUGGAAUAAGAAUUUGAAAUAUUUGAAUUUUUCCGGAAAUAAACGGUUUGAAAUCAAACCUAGUCAUAUUAAGAAUCCAGAAACUGGAGAAGAUUUUGAUAAUUUGUUAGUGUUAAAGAAAUUAAAAGUACUUGGAUUGAUUGAUGUUACCUUAACUACAACUGCUGUUCCUGAUCAAUCGAUUGAUAUCAGAAUUAGAACCACUACUUCAGAAAUGGAAAAUAUUGGUUAUGGUGUAAGUGAUAGCAUGGGAAUGAGAGACCAUGUAUCCUGUCGUGAUUUAUUUAUUCAGAAGUUUAGAGGAAAUGAAAAUGAGGUUUUGAUUUGUUCUUUUGAUGGGAAAUAUGGGGCAUUGAAUCAAGGUCAUCGUAUUGCAACGCAUAUUAAAAAUCAAUUUGUGGGUAUGUUUACCAACGAGCUUCUUAAAAUUAAGUCUGAUGAUGAAAUUCCAAGUGCAUUGAGAAGGACAUUUUUAAAUUUGAAUAAGGAAAUCAAUGGUAUUUUAUCGGCUAAAAAGAAUAAAUCAUUUACUCCAACUCUGCAGAUGUCCAAAGAAGCCAUAGAUUUGAGUUUAGUUGACGAUGUUAAUGCGGGUAGUGCUUGUACGGUUAUAUAUAUCAAAGAGAAACAAUUGUAUACUGCAAAUAUUGGUGAUAUUCAAGCAUUGUUAUGUCGAACUAAUGGGGAUCAUGUACUGCUUACUACAAAACAUAUCCCAACUAGUAGAAAGGAAUUUGAGAGAAUUAGAGCUUCAGGAGGAUACGUAUCUGGUGAUGGGGAAUUGGAUGGUGAUUUAGUUAUUUCUCGUGGUGCUGGGUUUUUCAAUUUCUUACCACAUAUUCAUUCAGGUCCAGACGUGACUCAGCUUUCCUUAACUACAGCUGAUGACGUUAUAGUAAUGGCUACAAAAUGUUUAUGGGAGUAUGUAACAUUUGAAUUAGCAGUUGAUAUAAUUCGUCAAGAGAAGGAUGAUCCGAUGGUUGCUGCCCAGAAAUUAAGAGAUUAUGCAAUUUGUUAUGGUGCAAGUGAUAAAAUUGCCGUAGUUGUUGUUACACUUGGUGAACGUAAAAAACACAAUGCAUUAUAUAAUAAUCUAGGACGUGAAGCUGAUUUUUUGGCUCAAAAGAGAAGAAGAGAUAGAAGUCAAAUAACAACGGGUGAUUCGACCUUGCGGAGAUUAGAAGAUGAGAUUGAUCCACCAGUUGGUGAAUUGGCACUUGUAUUUACUGAUAUCAAGAAUUCGACCUUAUUAUGGGAUUCAUAUCCUGCACCUAUGAGAUCAGCCAUUAAGACACAUAAUACUAUUAUGCGUCGUCAAUUGCGUAUUGUUGGUGGUUAUGAAGUUAAAACCGAAGGUGAUGCAUUUAUGGUUGCAUUCCCAUCUCCUACAGCGGCAUUAUUAUGGUGUUUUAAUGUACAACAGAAUUUAUUAACGGCAGAUUGGCCAAAAGAAAUCUUGGAAACUGAUCAAUGUUGUGAAGUUACAGAUGGAGAAGGUAAUAUAAUUUUCCGAGGAUUAUCAGUUAGAAUGGGUAUUCAUUGGGGAUCUCCAGUGUGUGAACAAGAUGUUGUUACUGGUAGAAUGGAUUAUUUUGGUCCUAUGGUUAAUCGUGCUUCACGUAUUAGUGCUGUAGCAGAUGGAGGUCAAAUUGCAGUUAGUCUUGAUUUCUUAGAUGAAAUGAAAGGAUUAUAUGAAAUCCACCGUGAGAUUUCAACUGGAGACAUAUCAUUUAGUGAUGCUUAUCAAGGAAAUGACCGAGCUGGACAAAUUAUUGAACGAGAAAUUGGACUGAUUGAAGAUCAUGGUUUACAUUAUUUUGAAUUGGGUGAAAAGAAAUUAAAAGGACUUGAAACUCCAGAAUUAAUUACUUUAGCAUAUUCAAGUAAAUUGAAAUUAAGGUUUGAGAUUUUCCAGAAACGAUUAAAUCGAGAAAUUGAUAAGGGACAUAGUACCAGAGUUGUUGGGACAUUACCAGUAGAAAUUAUUUAUGGAUUAAGAACUGUUUCACUUCGAUUAGAAAAUAUAUGUUCAACAAUCAAUGGAGGUAGUAUUGUGAAUGAAGAUUUUGAACAGAAUUCAUCAGGUAUGCUUUCUCAAAAGAUGCAAACAUCAUUUAAAGAGGUUGAUUUGAUUGCAUUAUUGAAUCAUAUUGUUACUAGAAUUGAAAGUUGUGGAUCAACCUUAUUUUUAAGACAACAGAUUAGUCUUGCUACUGGUAGUGAUGGAUUUAUUGAUAUGGUUAAUGUUGAUCCUCUUUCUAAAGUAUUGGAUGAAUUACAAGAGAUUUCAAAGUCAUUUCAACAAUUAACUCAAAAGAUAAAUUAA